AAAUAAAUGUAAGCUAACUUGGGUUCUCACAAAAGGAAAAAAAGCAGGCUAUAAAUGCAAUGUAAUAAUGCAGUGUAAUCACUAUUACCACCACCACUGUCCCAAGUACCUUAAUUCAGAUGCAGUGCUAAACUGUAAUUUGAUAAUCGGGGGUGCCUCUGCACACUACCUUUCAUUUCCUGACUUUCCUAUAGUUCUCUAUAAUAUCAGAAAUGGCAAAUAAGGUUAAUUAUUAAGGUUAUACUUUGUAUUACAGCCAGAAUUGAAAAACAUGGUUUGAAAUGGAUCCACAGAUCAUGCUUUGCAGUUUAGUAUUUUUUUCCAGUUCAAAUGUAAAGGCAAACUAUAAUAAGAAACAACAAGAGUGGAAAAGAAAAGGGGAGGGGGCAGGGAAGCUCCAGGUUCUACAAAUCUGUUUGAUAGUACAUCUGAAUUGAAGUGUGUAUUCAGAGUCUCUGUCUUGAUCGCAAAUAGAAUGGAUUUAUCUGCUUUCAGUAUAAUUGUGAACAACACUAAUUUUCCUCUUGCAAUUUGAGCUUCAAUCUACCUUUUACCAGAGUAGUGCAUGUUCUUCCACAGCAGCAUCUUAGUGCAGGUAUUUCCAAUAUCAAUCUAGGUUCCUUAAAUUUGAGAAGUUAGGCUUUACAGAAAUUUGGAUAACACUGAUUCUCAUUGAUGGCAUGUAUAUUAGUUUCAUUCCUAAGAAAUCUUAGUUUAUUGUCAUUGGUACUGAUGCUGAGCUCUGGCUCUUAUUCAGUUGUCAUUGCUGAGCCUGUGUAACUGUGGUUCUAGUAUUUCUUAUCAAGGGAAACCAUUUAGGUAAGCUGGCUUUGGGAACUUGACUGUCAUUCCCUUUACUGCCCAGCUCUGGCAGUCACUGUACAACAUUGUUUAUGAGCAGAUCAACCACAAGGCUUCAGUGCCACUUAUGAAUCCAACUUAACAUUUAGAAUUGUGACUUUCCUGAAAGCUUGCAUGCCUUUGACAAUUAUGAUAUGUUUGGCAGUUAUACGAGUAAUAUGGCUUUGUCUUGUUUUUAGUAUUGGCAGUAUAUAUGCUGUGAUCUCCAAAUCUCCCUUAUCUAGGUACUUCUCAUGAACUAAUAAAGAUAAAUGUUAGGAAAACCAAAUGAGAUGGAUUGAACCCAUAAAGGAAGCUACAGCCAUGAACUUAGAGUACAUCAAUUGUGGUAACUUGGAACAGUUGCUAGAUGGUAAUCAGCACCUGUCCUGGACAGUAAGAGUAAAGCUGGCACUGGACAUUGCCCUGGGACUCAGUUAUCUGCACUAUAAAGGCAUAUUCCAUCGAGAUCUGACAUCCAAGAACUGUUUAAUAAAACAUGAUGAGAAUGGAUAUUCUGCUAUAGUGGGUGACUUUGGCUUGGCAGAGAAAAUUCCUGAUUAUAGUGAGAAACUGCCAGUGGUGGGAUCUCCUUAUUGGAUGGCACCUGAAGUGCUUAGAGAUGAGCCAUAUAAUGAAAAGGCAGAUGUGUUUUCCUAUGGGAUCAUUCUUUGUGAGAUCAUAGCUAGGAUCCAGGCAGAUCCAGACUAUCUCCCUCGAACAGAGAAUUUUGGAUUGGAUUAUGAUGCCUUUCAGCACAUGGUAGGAGACUGUCCCCCUAGUUUCCUUCAGCUGGCCUUCAACUGCUGCAAUAUGGAUCCAAAGUUACGCCCUUCAUUUCCUGACAUUGUCAAGACACUGGAGGAGAUUCUAGGUAAUCUGAAAAGUGAGGAGGAAGGGAGAGAAAGAAAGCUUCAAAAUAUAGACAGUGCAGAUAGAAAACCCAUUUCUGUUUCCAAAGGGUUACUAGAGAGAGGACAAGGAGUCAAAAGGUUAAGUUCAUUGGAUGACAAGAUUCCACCUAAGUCACCCCGUCCACGACGUAACAUCUGGCUGUCACGCAGUCAGUCAGACAUCUUCUCUCGUAAGCCUUGCUACAAGAUUAAUGUUCAGGAUCCUUACUACACACCAAGCAAAGGGGCAAACCGGAAAAUCAAUCCCUUCAAUUCUAGAGAGGACUUGAAAGGGGGAAAGGUCAAAUUUUUUGAUAUGCCAAGCAAAUCUGUGAUAUCACUUGUAUUUGACUUGCACUCUCCAGAGGCAGGAGGUUGUUUGAAAAUGAGCCAGCCCCAAAUCAGGCAUACUUAUGGCACUGACUGGCAGGAAUCUCUUGCCCUUCUUGGAAGACGGAGCAGAUCACUUCCAGUCUCGCCUGAAUUUGUGCAUAAAGAUUAUAGUACAUUUGGGGAUCUCUCAUCAACAAUCAGUAGGUGUGAUCCCUGCCAGCUGGGGGCUGAGGUACGCCAGAAGCUAUUGAGCAGCAAUAAGUAUGGUGUGUCUGAGAUCCCUCCUUUUCAGGCCAAACACAAUAGACAGGGGUCUCCUCCUUCUUUGCCAGAGGAGGAGAUGGACUGUUCUGAUGGGUUGGAGCCCCAAGAUGAAAAUGGGUUCUAUCCUGUAAAAAGUUCCACUGAAGAAACAGAACUUGGAAAGCCUGUGGGACAGGCUCUGCAAGAAGCCCAGAAUGUGGAUGGUGUCUUGUUAAAGAAAUUAGACUGCACAGAAGGCAAACCUUCAGAGAUGUUCAUGAGUUGCAUGGCCACUGAAGAUAUGGAGGUGGAAGAUGAAACUCAAAGGAACAUCCCUUCUACUGGGUUGGAGUCUUCCAAACUGUUGUUCAGUGUUAAUCCUUCUUCACAGCCACAUGGAGAAGCUUCUCUUUUUGAAGUACAGAUCAGUGACACCUCAAAUACUGUUUCUCUGCCAUCUUCCAGUACACCAGCAUCAGUCAGUGAACAGUCAAAAUGUGACAUUUAAACUCCAGCCAUGAUACCAUGGUGGGAAAACUCCUUCUUUAGUUUUAGUUUUCUUCAUCAGCAUGCUCUAGGGAAAUACAGCAAUGCAACCAGCCCAUUUGGAGGUACUGCAUAGAUGAAAGUGUAUAUAAAAUAAUCUGCCAGCAUAAGGGGAGAACAAAAUCCCCAUGGGAUGCCUGGGUCAAUGUCAGUACUGGGCCAGAGUUCUAGUGUUGUUGAGAUCACAGGCAUGCCUCAGCUUAGAAGCCAUCUCUCUCUUUGCACACAUCUAUGCUUUAAGUUCUGUCACAGGAAUUAUUUCAUGUUUGGUAAUGGGUUUAAAUUUUAAACUAUAACUUCAACUUCUUUCCUCUUGUUAGCAGUUGCUGAACAUGUAUAAAUGGCUUUAUAUGUGAGUUGAAGAGAUUUGAAUUUGGCAGUGGCAUGGCACCUUAGAUCAGUGGUGGGAGACCAGUGACCCUUUAUACAUUGCUGAAUUCCAGCUCUCAUCAUUCCUCAUUGGCCAUAAUGGCUGGAGUCAAUAGUUUCCCACCUUUUUCUAGACAGACAGGAAGAAGGUAGAUUCCUGAUUUUCUAAAACACUGAAGUUUGAAGAGCUGUUUUGAAAUGCAGAGUUUUCUUGUAUCUAUUGAACAUGGUCCAACUUAAGAGUAAUAGCCAAAUUUCUUACCUUUGCAAACAGGUUUCAAAUACUGGAUGUGAACAACUCAGAUUCAUACCUUAAAUCAUUCCUUGUCAUAUUACCACUUUGCUCACACAACUCUGACCAAAGAGUCCUAAUUCCCUUCAUCAGUAGUAUUAAUUUUACCACCAAAUGCCCAUUCAGUAAAUCUGUGUUUUCUACAAAAAGGAUAAACUCUGUAUUUGUAGCUCUUCAAAAUCCCCAUUCCUUCUAUGGUGCAGAAGGAAAGAAACACAUGACCAUGCAAAUGUUCAGCAUAGGAGAUAUGAUAAGCUAACUCUCUCCUCAGCACUGUGGUCUAAAUUUUAGUUUUGUGGGUCAGUCACACUCUGAGGAAAUAUGUGUUCAUAUGAAAACUUGGGUGUAUAUUUACAUUUGUGUACCUCACUGGAGAGUCUCCAAAUGGAAGGAAUUUCUUUGCUUGCUAUACCCUAGCUGCAGAAAUAGUAUUUUUAGUUAGUACUAGCCUCUCUGUGAAUAUUCAGACCAGCACUGAGUGCUCAACCAUCAAGAAAGGUUAGUAUGGACUAGGUAAAAUGGAUUGGAGCAACUUGACUUGCCUCUAAUCCCUUAUUUUAAUACAUUAGUGAGAAAUCCCCUGUGGGGAGCUAAUAAAAAGCAGUGCUGUCUUCUGAUGUGUGUAAGUUGCCUCUUCUAUUUCCUCAAAUGAACUAUACAGUGGUUGAGAACUCAUAAAGUAUCGAGCAAUAACUUGAGGAUCAAAAAGAUGUAGAAAUCUUGGAGCAGAUAACCUCCUACCUAAGAGAAACUUGUUGGAAAAAAUGAUUUACUAUCUAUUUAAGUAGGAGUCCUUGACACCUACACAUUCCUUCCAGAGACCUUGUCUGUACAGCAAGAACAAUAGUUAUCCUCACAAUCAUCCAUUAAUAUAGAUUUCUAAAGUGGCACCAUAUUCUGUUUCCUCCAAUUUGUUACAUCUUUCAAAGUCAGCCAAGAAGAAUCCCCCUAAUUUUGUUAUAUACAUGCAUUAAAAAAACAACAACAAAAAACAAAUACGCCUGAAUUACCAGCAAGUAUUUGAUGCAUAUUUUGAAUCUGGUAUCAUCUUCCCCACUCAGGCAGAGGACUUUACUUUUAAUUGGUACACGGAUGGUGAGAGAAUUGAACACUUGAAUCUGCGUCAGAAGCUAUAGAAGGGAGACCACACCUCUGCCCACUCUAGUCCUUGGCUUUUUGUGUGGACUUAAUAACACUGUAGCCUUUACUUGUGCUUACUGUUUUGUAAAGGUUCAACAUUAGAUCAAAAAGCACACCCUUGAAUGAGUGGCCUCUCUUCUGAGCUUGAUUCCCUCUUUCUGUAUUUUUCGUACUGUUGUACAGUCAUUCUGACAACAACCUGUGAGUACUGGUAUUCUCUCUUGGGAGUUGGUAUUAAUAUGGCCUCUCUGCAUUCUUUGCAGAAUGCUGGUGCUAGGUAUUUACCCUGAUGCAGAAAGUAUGAAUUCUCCCCCAUCCACAUUGUAAUGGAAUAGGACUGGCUUUGAAAGAACUUUAAGUAAAAGCCAAUAACUUUGUAAUAUGUGUUGGUUAAACCUAAAUGUAUACUGUCCCCUUGUGCAACAUGUAAGACCUCCAGGACUCUGAGUGUGCAAUACAGCUGUUGCACAUUUGUAUUCAUUACAGAAUGUGGUCAGACAAAUGCAAUAGCAAAUAGUUUUAUCAUGUUUUUGAAUUGCUGACAAAGAUGCAUUUUGCUUUUUAUAAAACACAGACACUUCUGAGAUCCCCAGUCUGCUUUUAAUUCACUCAAUUUGCCUGUAUUACAUUUAUUAAAAAUUAUUGGUAGAAGAUUCUGUGAAUAAAUGUAUUUAACAAAUUGCUGCCCCAACAGAAGCCAGAGGUAUGAUAGAUUUAUUCUUGGUUGCUGUAUCUUGUCCAAGAACACUGGUAUGUCUUGCCAGUUUUAACUACAGACACUUGAAUAAUUCCUCUUUGCACUUAAUGCUGCUGUUUAUACUGCAUGUCACUACAUUUCUAUGCAAAAAAGAAUAACCUUUGGGAACAGCCAAAUAUUUGAUUAAGAUUUCAAGAUAUAUUUUCAUAUUUAUGAAGGAAUUUUAUGUCUUAAUAUUUGCAGUCUGUAAAUAGCUAAAAUUUGUGAUUAAAGCUUAGGAAAAAUGCAUAGCCUGUGCAUAAUUUAAUCCUGCCAGGAAAGGAACUUUGCAACAUGUUUUUCCCCCUUAAUACUGCAGAUAUUUAUGAAUGUGUAAAGAAAGGAAAGCUUGGGUUUUAUGUUGAUUUAUUUUGUCUGAUUUUUUCCUGAACUAAAAAAUGGUAUGUUUUACUGGAACUAAGGUAACCAAAGAAUCUAGUUUAAAGUAUUUGCAUGUUUUGUUGGAUUUCUGUAUAAAUUGUUUCCCAAUUUGCUUUGGAAAUAAAAACAAAUACAUUUACCUUUGCAGUUGAAGAUAACAAGACCUAGGAGAGAAAGGGAAAAAUACAAUACAUUAUAGUUUUUAAAAGCCAGCAGAAGUCACCCUUUGAAAAUGGAUUUUUUAAAGGCAAGGAUGUCAUCUGUGGGUUCCUCACACAAUGUUUCCACCUUCUGUUUAUUAUAUAGUCACCUUUUAAGGAAUAUGUAUUUCUCUCCUUCUUGGUAAAUGUCUUAUUUCAUAAAGGAACACUUUACCUUA